UCUUUUUUGGGGAGGUGAGGGGGGGACGGGACACCGAAGACUUGGGACUUACGCCUUCUCUGCUGCUGCUGCUACGUCCCGAGGUGGAAACAUGUCGGUGGCGGGCUUAAAGAAGCAGUUCCAUAAAGCUAGUCAGCUUUUCAGUGAGAAGAUCAGUGGAGCAGAAGGGACCAAACUUGAUGAAGACUUUCAAGAGAUGGAGAAGAAAAUUGACGUCACUGGCAAGGCAGUGGCAGAACUCUUAUCCAGAGCUACAGAAUAUCUCCAGCCUAACCCAGCCUACAGAGCUAAGCUAGGAAUGCUGAACACUGUCUCCAAGAUCCGAGGGCAAGUGAAGGCCACAGGAUACCCACAGACGGAAGGAUUACUUGGGGACUGUAUGCUCCGCUAUGGGAGGGAACUGAGAGAAGACUCCACCUUUGGCGCUGCGCUGAUCGAUGUGGGAGAAAGUAUGAAGCAGAUGGCAGAAGUGAAAGACUCCCUGGAUAUCACCAUCAAGCAGAAUUUUAUUGACCCUCUGCAGCUACUGCAGGAAAAGGACUUAAAAGAGAUUGGACACCAUCUAAAAAAAUUAGAAGGCCGGCGUCUAGAUUACGAUUACAAAAGGAAGCGCCUCGGGAGGAUUCCAGACGAGGAAGUGAAGCAGGCCAUCGAGAAGUUUGAAGAAUCCAAAGAGUUGGCAGAACGGAGCAUGUUCAACUUGUUGGAAAAUGACAUAGAGCAAGUGAGCCAGCUAUUAGUCUUAGUAGAAGCUGCACUGGAUUACCAUAAGCAGUCUGCGGAAAUUUUGGAGGAUCUGCAGAGAAAACUACAAAAUAGGAUAAAUGUAGCUUCAAGUCGCCCUAAACGUGAAUUUAAGCCCAAACCGAUCACGCGGAUGCAUCUGGAAAUAAGCAACGGUCAACCACAAAAUGGAAUUUCCUUCAGUCCAUCAAUUAAAUCAUCAGGUUCUUCGCUGCACAUGGACCAACCAUGCUGCCAAGCCUUGUAUGACUUUGAGCCUGAAAACGAAGGGGAGCUUGGCUUUAAGGAAGGCGACAUCAUCACGCUGACCAAUCAGAUUGAUGAGAACUGGUACGAAGGGAUGUUAAAAGGGGAAUCCGGCUUCUUCCCCAUCAGCUAUGUUGACGUCAUUGUUGCCCUGCCGCAAUGAAUGUGCCCUCUGCCGGUGCAACCAAAACAUUCAUCUUCGUGCCCAAAGCGGUGUUUUCAUUUUUCCUCCGAAAGCCCGUGCUUCUUGCGACAAACUUAACGGACUCUUUUUGUACGCGCCUUUUGAAGAAAUAUAUUUAUUUUGUAGCCGUACCACUUGUAUUAUAAAUGAUGGCCUUUCUUUUGGUUAGGUGGCUCAGCGGCUUCGACGCUGAGCUUGUCGAUCGGAAAGGUCGGCAGUUUGGAGGUUCGAAUCCCUAGCACCGCAUAACAG